ACACGAUGAUGCGCCGGGGACAGAAAUAGACACCGAGAGGCUCGAGUCGAGGUUGCAGCGCCGUGUGCUUUCCAGCGGAUCACGGUGUCUUUAAACACUUUUUCCCCCCUGAUCAUUUAUUUUGCAUUUCCACAAAAUGGUCAUUAAAGUCUUCCUGGCAUCUUCCUCGGGGUCGACGGCGAUCAAAAAGAAACAGCAAGAUGUUGUCGGGUUUCUUGAGGCACUUAAAAUCGAUUACACACAGCUUGACAUUGCUUCAAACGAGGACAACCGGAUGUGGAUGAGGGAAAAUGUCCCUGGAGAAAAGAAGCCCACCAAUGGAAUUCCUCUUCCUCCACAGAUUUUCAAUGAGGAGAUGUAUUGUGGGGACUAUGAAACAUUCUUUGAUGCCAAAGAGGACAACACAGUGUAUGAAUUUCUGGGUCUGACACCUCCACCAGGAUCUAAGGAGGCACAACAAGCUGAAAAUGCACAAAAGCUUCAUAAUGGAUCUGGCACAGAGGAACAUCUUGAUGAUGAAACAACAAAAAAAGAAAUCGCAGAGGCUGAGCAGAAUGGAGAUGCACACACAGCAGAGCUGGAAGAAGACGAUCCAGGCGAGAAGGCAGAGACAGAUGCUCAAGAAGAGAACACCGAAGGGGAGGAACCGGCAGAAGAAGAUGAAGAGAGUAGAAAGGUAGCUGAGGAGGAAGAGCAGGAGGAAGGAGAAGAGGACAGGGAUGAAGACGAACUCAGAGAGCUUGAGGAGGAAGAGGAACCAGGCUCAGAGGAAGACUAGUGUUCUGAAGCUAAGGAGUUUGGACCUGGAUUUUCCCACACAGCUUGAAGUGACACCCCACUUGCCCUGGAGCCAUCAAAAAUCGCCCACAAAUACCUUCACCGCAGCUUUGCCCAAGCCAAAUGAAACACUGGAGAAUGUGCACUCAGGACCCCAACUUCAAGCCCCCAUGAUAACUGUGCAUUUUUGAAGUUGCAAAAUGCCUUUUUAUGCUAAAGUUGCUUCAUCCUAAGUGGCGAGUUUCAAGUGAAUUUAAAGGGAUGUGUUUUUUUCUUACUGUACAUAUAGAAAAUUGCUUAUUCUACUACUUUUAAAACUAAUAUUUUGUGACUUUGUUCUAUAGAAUCCCAAAUAGUUGUGCCAAACCACUCAAAUGUGCCAAAUUAAUACUUACAAAUACCUCUCUGUGUGUCUUAUAUUAUGAAGUACACUACCAGUCAUAUUUUGGACACACUGUAAAAAAAAAAAAAAGUUGAGCAAAAAAUUUUAAGGGAGUUUUCUCAACUUAUUUUUGUAGGAAAUUUUUGAGUUCGCUCAACUUUUUGUUGUAUAAACUUAAAACAAGAAGUUGAGAAAACUCAAAUUUGCUGAGGCUGGUUGCCUUAAAAUUUUAGGUUCUCUCAACUUUAGAUUUUUUACAGCACUGUUAAAAAAAAAAAGAAAAAGUUGAGCAAACUUGAACAAUUUAAGGAAACCAGCUUCAGUAGAUUUUUGAGUUUUCUCAACUUGUUGUUUUCAGUUUAUACAACAAAAAGUUGAGAAAACUCAAAAAUUUCCUAAAAAAUAAGCUGAGAAAACUCAAAAAUCUGCUGAAGCUGGUUGCUUUAAAAUUUUAAGUUUGCUCAAAAUUAUUAUUAUUUUUUUUACAGUGCACUUUGCCACAGCGCUAAAUGCUAAAAAUAGACUGAAGUCAUAGGAAAUUAUUAGUUAUAAACUUGUUGUGUGUUCAAUCAAAUUCGUCAAGCACUUAGCCAAGCUAAGCUAGCCAUAAGCUAUCUUUUGUAGAUGCUAACAUGAGCAGGUACUUGAUCGAAAACUCUUAUUGAAAACAAGGUAACAGAAAAAAAAGGAUGACCACAGUUUGUUUUGCUAAUACCAUGUAACUUUGUCAAAAUUUGACAGAAUUCAAUUUAAAAAGCCAAUAUUAUCUAUAAUAUUUUCCAAAAAGGAUUUAGCAUAUUGUUGAGCCUAUACAGCUCAUGGUAAUAUUAAUAAUAUGAAAUGUCUGAUUGUCUUACAGAAUGAUUGGAAAUUGCCUAAACAUUUGAGCUAAUUGCAUAUGAAAUGAGGGAUUUUUUUUUAAUACAAUAAAAAUACAAACACUUUAUGUAAAGUUUAAAAUGUGCUCCCUAAGACGAAACAACAUUGAAAAUACAUUAAGCUACAAUUUUGAUUGUAGAAUUUUGUUUGAUAUUUCUGUUAUUAUCCUGAAAUACGGAAAAUAAUAAUAAUAAAGCCUGAGUAGAUGUAUCCAAAAUUUGUACUGCACUGUACUUCACUGGUCUUGUACAUGCAUACAUACUUCAAUUAGACUACCAAUAUGGUUCUAGGAUGUAGAAUUGUAGUUACAACCACAGUGAAGUUGAAGUUAAAAUUAGACAGAAACACUGUGAAAGGACAUCAGUCACAAUUCCCUUUUUGAGUCUAUUGUGUCUUAUUUCAGUCUGAAUAUGUGACGUCAGUACCUGCUGGAAGCCAUUCUCUGCUGUCGGUUGGCCGUUCUAUGCACUUUGUACGCAGACAGAGAUGAAUGGUUGGAAAUACCCUGAUUUACCAAUAAAGAGUGAGUUUUA